AUGAAUUAGCCUAAGAAUACUAGAUUCAUAACUUUUACAAUACCUUAUGCUUAAAGUCAAGACCCAUAGUUUCCUCCGUCAAAUUUAUUAGAAAUAUCAUCGACUCCUCUAGGUUGGCAAAGUUGUAGGUUUUGCCAAUAUCCGUAAGAAUUAAUAUUUCAAUUCCAAUCUGCCAUAACUGUUUAUAAAAUGUAAAUUCUAUCUCACGAAAAGAAAAUACCAACAAAGAUAGAGGUUUUUAUUGGAAGACUGUAAGGUAGAAUGGAUUUAGAAAAUGCAAGUUUUAAAAAGAUUGGCUAUUUUACAUUUCACUCCAACGAACAAUCAAACUGGUAAGCCAGAGAGCUAAAAACAGUAUCAAUCGAUGAAUCUAAUUGCAACUAUCUAAAACUAUUGGUGCAUCGGAAUCAUGAAAAUAAGUUUAAUCCAUUUAAUCAAGUUGGUAUUGUUGCAAUCAGAAUUUAUGGAGAGAAGGCAGAACUUCCUCCGCCCAAAAAAGCAAAUAAGGUGUAAGAUAAGGUCUUGGAUGAAUUAUACAAUCCACAACAAGAUAAAUUGAUUGAUACUAAAUUGCUGGCUCAUAUUAUUGCACUUGAACAUGUAAAGUAUUUCUUAAUAUGAGAGUCCAAAGAUUAUGCAAUCAAGUAGGAAAACUAUUAGGAAGCUAAAAAACUCAAAAACAGAAUUACUUAACUAAGGUCUUUGGGAGUCUAAUUGAGAGAUUUGGAAGAGAGAAAGAAGGAAGUGCUGUAAAAUGAGGAUUAUGAUCAGGCUGAAGCAAUCAAAGAGUAAAUUCAUAAAUUGAAAAUUGAGAAUGGACUUGUAGAUGAACAAGGAAAUGAGUAUAAACCCAAUAUUGACAAGAUCAGGCAAUAAGAAUUGGGUGAGUAGAUGGACAAUUAAGAAGAUAGAAGAAAUUCAAAGCCAUCAAUCAAAUAAAUAGAUAAUAAUAAGAUAAUUGAGGAUAGUUUUGAUAGAAUGCCUCAGGAUGAAUAAACAUAUUUGAUGGAAUAAUUAAAUAAUAACAAUAAUAACAUUACUCAUAUUACAAAUAAUCAAAAUGAGAAUGGAAAUACAAGUUAUUAAUAACCUGUCUCUUUUGAUUAAUAACUUAAAAAUGAUAAACUGUUGAAUUAUGAUGAAAUGGUAAUUCCAGCUCUAAAAAACAAAUAAAAUAAUAAUACUUAGAUUUUGGAAGAGUAUUCAGAAGUAGAUAAAAGUAAAUAGCAAAUUGAAGAACUGAGUUCUGAAAAUUAGAAAUAAGUUGAAGCUAUCAAACCCUAUUAUGGAAUUGAUUUCUGUAAGAACUACUUCUCUAAGAAUUGGGCCCGUAGAGAGGAAGGCAUUAGAUGGCUAAUUGAAUAAUUCAACAAUCCCACUCAAAUUAAUAUAUCUAAUAUUGAUGGAGCCUUUUAAGCUACCUUAUUAUUGAUCUACAAAGGCAUUCAAGAUAAAGCAGACAAAGUAGUUUAUGCAAGUCUAUAACUAAUGUAAUAAACUCUACUGAAAUUGAAACCAAACAAAUUAAAUGAUGAAAGCCCUAUAAUAUUGGAUAACAUUGUACUGGUAAUUAUUCUCAUUAAAUUAGAUUCUCAUGGAAAAAAUGGGUGAUAUUAAUGAGAGACACAAAGAAGAGUGCAAAAAGAUUUUAUUAACUCUAGCUGAAACCUAAAUUAUGGGUAGUGCUGGAGUAAUCAACCAUUUAGUAAAAGGAAUCACAACAAAACCAAAUCUAUAAUUAUCAUCAGUCAGACACAUUUAAGCGAGAUUAAUGCUCAUUUAUAAUUUAAUCUAAAAAUAUAAGAUUAAUAAUGAAAGGGUUCCAUACAAUCCUGUUAUGGAUGUUGCUAUUAAAUAUUUAGAUCACUCUGCUGAAUAGGUUAGAACUUGUGCCAUUUAUAUAAUAACUGAGAUUUAUAAAAAUUAAGGAGACAAGGUUAGAGAGAGUAUAAAAGGAUUUAGACCUGCACAAUAACAAAUCCUAGAAGAAUUAUUCUAUAAAAUAGAUAAUGGAGGUAAUAUCUAAACAUCUUUUGAAUAAGAAAAGAAGCCUUAACCAAAAAAGAAAUAAUAACAAAAUAAUCCUGAUUAAGUUUUUUAGCAAAUAACACAAGCUUGUGAAUUUUGUGGUAUUGAAAAUAAGGAAUUUAUAUAAAGUUAAAAACUUGAUAUGCAUUUGUGGAAGGAAUGUGUCAUGCUUACAACUUGCUUAUCUUGUGCUUAAGUUGUUGAAGUUUCACAAUUAACUAAUCAUCAUUUUGAAGAAUGUGAAUUUGCUAAAAAUUAUAGAUAAUGUGAAACGUAAGUUAUUGUUAAAUAUGUUUUAGUUGCGGAUGCGCAGUACUAGAAAGUCAAUUAGCUGAACAUUAGAAUAAAAAGUUAUGUAAUUCAUCACCUGGUGAUACCUGUCCAUUAUGUUAUAAAGCUAUUGGAUUAAACUGGAAAAUUCAUUUAGCAAUUUGUGAACAGUAAGAGAGAAAUAAACAAUAGCCUGCUCCUUAAGAAAAAAAAUGA